CUCUGUGAGGCCAAAUUCCGGCCAAUGGCCAAAGCCAGCCAAGGCUCCGCCUCCCUGGAGCCCUCCUCCUCGCCCUUUAAAAGCGCGGGACUCAGUCCCUCCCUCUCUCAGUGUGAGGCUGGCUGCCUCCUCAGCAUGGCUUGAGGCUGCCUCUUCCCUCCCUCGCCAUGACUCCUUGUAGCUCCUCUGAGGGGCGCCUCAACUUGACCACCAUGGCCCUGGCCAAGGGCAACAGCACCCUCUUCCCAGCAAGAGAAGAGGAAGAGGAGGAGUGUGGCACCGUCUCAGUGCUCUUCCCCUUGACCAUGAUGAUCACUGGCUUGGUGGGCAACGGCCUGGCCAUGCUCCUGGUCUCCCGCGCUUACCAUAAGAAGGAGAACCAGCGGAAGAAGUCCUUCUUGCUCUGCAUCGGCUCCUUGGCCCUCACCGACUUGAUUGGGCAGCUCCUGACCAGCCCGGUGGUCAUCUCGGUCUACUUGGCCAACCGAAAGUGGCGGGCGGUGGACCCGUCUUUCCGCCUCUGCACCUUCUUUGGGUUGAGCAUGACCGUCUUUGGGCUCUGUCCCCUCUUCAUCGCCAGCGCCAUGGCCGUCGAGCGGACCUUGGCCAUCCGGGCUCCUCACUGGUAUGCUGGCCACAUGAAGACCCGGGUAACCAAGUCUGUCCUUCUCGGUGUCUGGUUGGCCACCUUUGCUUUUGCCCUCUUGCCUGUCAUCGGUGUCGGGGAGUAUACCCUUCAGUGGCCAGGCACAUGGUGCUUCAUUGGCACAAAGGACCGCGAGGGGCCCAGGGUGGGCAAUAUCAUCUUUGCAUCAACCUUUGCCUUCUUGGGCCUCUUCUCGCUCGGCAUCACUGUGGCGUGCAACGUGGCCACCAUAGUUGCUUUGGUGUGUCGGUGUCGAUCCAAAAGCUCAGCAUCUCAAUCCAGGAGGCAGUGGGGCAGGAUCGCCACAGAAACCUUGCUUCAGCUGCUGGGGAUCAUGUGCGUCCUCUUUGCCUGCUGGUCCCCACUCUUGAUUAUGAUGCUGAAAGUGACCUUCAAUCAUACCUUUAUGGAUAAGUGUGAAGAAUCCUACAACCAAACCCAAACUGCAGAAUUGCAGCCAGAGUGCAAUUUCUUCUUAACUGCUGUUCGCUUGGCCUCAUUGAAUCAGAUCUUGGACCCUUGGAUUUAUCUACUGCUUAGAAAGAUCCUUCUGCGAAAGUUUUGCCAGGUAGCAAAUGCUAUCUCCUGCUGCUCUCAGGACGGAUGGAAAGGACAGCACUUCAUGUUGUCAGACAAAAUCACACAGAGCACUGCAUGAAGCAACUUGCAUGUCAGCAACUUCAAUCUGCAUCAGCUUUUACCACGACCAGGGAACAUGUAACCCUUCAGAUAUUCUUAGACUGAAGUUUCCAUGAUCCCCAGCCAAAAUAGCCAGUGCUGAAGAACUUUGGGAUUUUGGGAGUGGUAUAACAGUAGCAUCUGGAGAGCCAUGUGUUCCCCAUUCCUUGGCCAGCAUCCAGUGGAGUACUUUCACUAAUGCAACUGCUUUUGUCAUCAAUCUCCCUUCCUGACUGCAACCCCUGUGCAUCUGAAGAGCCUUCUCUGGAUGAUUGGAAAACUCUCUUGAACCACUUUUCAAAUUGUGUUGAGGGCUUAAAGGUAGGGGAAGAAGGUUCCAUUGUACCACUGCUCCAGCACCAGAGCAACAUAGGUUUUAAGCCUACGGCUUCUUCCUUACUGUGAAUUUGGGUAUGCAGUGCAUGGGCAUGUCCCACUAUAAGCUAAUUGCAGGGAAGUAAUACAUUCUUUGGUCUUAAAAAGGCAUAUUAUUAUAUUUUCAUUGUCUGAUAGAUUAAAAAGUGCUGCAAAUGUUGUUUUUUCAAAAAAAGUACCAGAUACCCUAUGUCUCUUGAAAGUCACAAAUGAGAACACAGUUUGUUGUGUUCAUGCCAAAGACACUGGGGUUUUCCUUCUGUAUAUGAAAAGAAUCUGAUUUUUAGAUUGGAAGUUUCUAUGUGGAUUCACCAUCAACUAAAAUUGGAGCAACUUCUUAAAAGAUUUGUAUAUGUUUCCUUGUAUUUCCACCCCACGCCAUACACAUAGUAAUGUAACUGAGAAGAAAGGAUGCUCCUAUUUCAUAUUGAUUCUAACAAGGAAAGAUGGCACAACUGAAAACAUGAUUAUGUAGAAUACUAAUUUGGCUGUUUUCCUUAAAGUUAUAAAGGUAGCAAUAGAACUAUACAAAACAGAGUUGUUGUCAUAAUUAUGCAUUCUCAGUAAACACCAAGGUCCUUUUCAAACAAAUAAAUUCCUUACUUGCUUUAUAUAUUUGUUUCCUUAUACAAAUGAUAUGGUUGGGUUUGGGUUAUUGUGGACUCUAUGUGUUUUGUCUCAGAGAUGUAGUUCUUUUGCAGAGAUAGCUCAUUAUCACAGAAUUUAAACUAUAAAGUUUUGCCACAGAAAAGAUUAAGAAAAACACAAACAAACAAAGAAGCUUCAUUUAUAUGCUGCUUCAUACUGCCUAAGCAGUGUCUAGGCGGUUUACAACUGUAAGCUAAUUUGUUCCCAAUA